GAAGCUAAAAAGAAGGAUAUUGAACGACUUCAGGAAAAAGAGAAAGCUCUGCAUCAAUCCUUUCAAACUUCAUUAGGUGACAAUAAUAAAUAUGCUGAAUUUUUGACCAAGUUAUUCAAGAAAAAAAUCAAAAAAGUCAGAAAAAAAGCUAAAGAUAACGCAGAUUCCGAUGAAGAAAGCGAUGACGAUGAUGAUGAUGAUGAUUUCUUAUCUUCUGAAUCAGAAGACGACGAUUCUGAAGAUGAAGUCGAUUAUAGUGUCUGCCCUGCAGGCUGUGAUGAGGAAUUAUUCGAUGGAACUAUGAACAUCAGGGAAAGACGACAAGAAAAUGAAGAGCAACUAGUUGAAGAAAAGAAAGCCUGCGAAUUGUUAAAGAAAGAGCAUGAUAAUUUAACUAAAAAAUUAAAAGCUAUUGAUGCUGCCUUAAAAGCAGCACAAGGAGAACUAGAAAAAUUCCAGUUGGAAAAACAACAGAAACUGAAUGAAUUGGAUGUUGUAGUUACCAUUCAUCUUGAUCAAAUUCAAUACAUCGUUAAUGGUACCUUACCUCGCGAUUUAUCGCAAUGUUUGGUGUUCCGAAAAUCAAGCCAAAGUAAAUUACGUGAGAGAAUUGAAGAACUCAAGUCUGAAAAACAGAACCAGCGGCGCCUAUUUAAAGAAGAUAGGCAAAAAUUCGCUUUACUAACUAAAGAUAAAAAAGUACAAGAUGCGAAGAUUAAAGAACAAGAGGAAGAGGUCAACGAAAUGCAAUUACUUAAAUUUGGAAGAAUCAUCGAUUUGGAUAAAUUGGACAAUGUUACCGUCAAUAAAGGAGCUGAAGAAUUAAAAGAAAAAUUGCGAUAUUUCGAAACAGAGUAUGAUAGAGAAGUAGCAGAUUGGGAUAAAAAAAUUGAAGCUGAAAAGAAGUCUUUAAAUGCAAUGAUGCACGAAAAUACAGCUAUGCUAGAUAAACUGAUGGGUAUGGUGCAAGAAGGCAACGAGUUGGAAUCAUCGCUAAAUGCUUGUCAGACUGGCUUGGGUGCAAACUAUCAUAGCUUACAUAAAGCUGAUAAACGUGAAAGAUGGCGUCUUAAGCAAUUAAUUGAAUUACAGUCACAAGAAAUAGAGGCAUUAAAAACUGAAAUUCAUCAGCUGUCUAGGAAAGAUGGUCAAGUUUUACCCCCUGCUCAAGGCCCAACGAUGCAAAAAUCACAACCGUUACCAGCAAUUAUUCAAAAAUAA